UACUCGCGCUUUUUGUUUCGUCGUCGUCGUCGUCGUCGUCGUCUCCGACCUUCGCCGCUUCGAUUUGCGCUUCAAUGGUUUACAUCGCCUCUUGGGACGAGUUCGUAGAGCGAUCCGUGCAACUAUUCCGCGCGGAUCCCCAUUCGGCGCGGUAUGUGAUGAAGUAUCGGCAUUGCGAUGGGAAGCUGGUGCUCAAAGUCACGGAUAAUCGCGAGUGUCUUAAGUUUAAAACAGACCAAGCUCAGGAUGCAAAGAAGAUGGAAAAGUUGAACAAUAUCUUCUUUACUCUGAUGGCUCGUGGCCCUGACGCUGACAUUUCCGAAGUUUCAGGCAAGGAACAGGUAGAGCAGCAGCAAUCCAAAAAAAGUCGGGGAAGAAGGCAGUAGUAGCUGGUUGUUGCUAUCUUCCUUUCACGAAUGAACGGGAAAACAGGUACACUGUUGGUGUUUUAGUGUGACUUUAUUGCAUCAGUGAAAUGUGAUUAUGAAAUUUCAUAGUUGAGAACUGAGAGGUGUAAUUGCUGUUAAUGCAAUUUUUGCAAUUUUUGGACUUGAACCGAAAAAUGUGCAAUCAAUAUCAGAAGUUGAGGUUGUACUCCUAUCACGCAGUGUCCGUCAAAAUAGUUUUAAUGCUUAUUGAACAGAUUGACACUAUGCUCUAUAGUUUGGGCCUACCCCAUUUUGUCCGAUGAAUAGCAUAAUGUCCAAAUUUGCAAACAAGAA